AUGCGUGACAUACUGAAUUACCGUUCAUGGCCACUUGACUGGAGUGUCCGUUCAGAUAUCGUACGCCUGGCGCUCCAGUGCCUUGCAGAGCUGCUGGCAAGAAGCCGGCAGGGCUUGCGCCGAAACGAGCUGCGAGCACUGGUCUGGUUCUUCGAGUUCGCCACCAAGGACCAGAGCCAGCUCGGAGCCCUGCGUGCCAACGUCCACGAAGAGCUUCACGCAAUGGAUCGGCGCCCCUUCAAAAUGGUGAAAGAGGGCGUUCCUGGAGGGGACUUGCCCAUCUGCGUGGGAGAUGUGCUGACCCGUGUCCAUGACUUCUGCGAUGCUCUGGAGCUAGAGUGCCCCUGGCCACGAGAUUUGGACAACCACUUGGAUGUCCUUCUUUUC